UUUAGUAUUAUAUAUUAUAAUAAAUAGAGCGUAUUGUUUUAAAACCAAAAUGGCAUCACCACGUCUUGCGAUUUCAACUUUAAGUCAUCGUAAUUUAUCACCACAUCUUGUAAGAAAUUUAUUCAGUCCCAGUCCAAGAAAAUUAGAAAAAACUUCUCCAAGUCUGAGUAAAAAUAAUCAUGAAAAAAUAUAUAAAAAAAAUAGAAUUUUACCUUUUAGUAUAGACACACCAAAUCGCAAAAAAAUAAUAAAUGAUAAUUUACCGAAUGAAAAAAAAGUUUUACUUGGUUGCGGUGGUUUUGGAAUAGUUUAUAAAGCGUUAUAUAAAGGUAAUCAAGUAGCUGUUAAAAUAGUAAAGCGAAAAAAUAUCCACGAUGCUCAAGUAGAAGCAGAAAAACUCGCAUCUUUUUUACAACAUCCUAAUAUUAUUAAAAUUAUUAGCAUAGAACAAGGUUCUAUUUGGUCAUUAAUUACUAUGGAACUUUGUGACAUGUCAUUACAAGAUAAAUUAGAUAAUGUUAUAUUAACUAGAAUUGAAAGAAUUGAAAUGUGGAAAGCAAUAGCUUCUGCUUUGGAAUUUUGCCACAAUGCAGGUAUUGUUCAUGCUGAUGUUAAACCAAAAAAUAUUUUAAUAACAUCUGAUGGUCAUCCUAAACUUUCAGACUUUGGAAGUUCUAUUAUUAUAGGUAAAUCAAUAAAACCUAUUAGUUUUCGCGGAACACCAGGAUAUGUAGCGCCAGAAGUUAUAAAAGGUUGUACUCCGAUGGUUGAAUCAGAUAUUUAUUCUUUGGGAAUAAUAGCAUGGCAAAUGUUAUCAAGAAAACUUCCUUUUCUGAAUGAUCAUUCUCAUACUAUACUAUAUCUUACUGGGAAAGGAGUAAGGCCUGCCGAUAAUGAUAUUGAUGAUGAAUGUCAUGGUCAUUAUAAAAAUCUAUAUCAGCAAAUGUGGUCCGAUAAUGCUAUUGCGAGGCCGAAUCUUGAAAAUAUUAUUUUUCAAUUGAGUUACUUGUUAAAAAAAAAAUUAAGAUUUACAAAUAAUUUAUUGAAAAAAACUUAGUUUAUUGUUUAAAAUAAUUAUUUAAGUCUUACAUAAAUUUAUAGUAAACAGAAAUGUUUUUGUUUAUGUUUCUGGCAUUUCUCCUCCAGGGACUAACUGUAAAAAAAAAAAAAUAAUAAAUUAGUUAUGUAAAAAUAAUUACUUAAUACCUAUAGAGUUAUGGAAAAAAAAAUGAAAUAUAGUACCAUUGUAAUAUUGCUUCCAUUGAGGAGAAUUUGAUCAAGUUUUGUUACUCUACGACCUUCUGGGGUUGCUUCACUUUCUGUAACAUCUUCUAGAAGCAUGUUGACAAAAUCAUCAAAGCCUUGUAAAGUGCCGACAAUUUCUUUAUCAUUUUUCAUGAUUAUAUGAAUUCUUGAACCGAUACAUUUAUCAACCAAUUCUGAAAAAAAAGUAUUUUUUUUUUAUAAUAUAUAAUUUACUAAUUUACAAGCAAUCGAUUUAUAGUAUAGUAGAGGUUAAAAAAUAAAUAUAACAAAUUCUAACCUAAUGGCAAUAAAGUUGAUGGAUUUGUAGUCACUGAGCUCGUCAUAUUUAUCAAAUUAAUUAAAAAUUUUGUAAAUAAUUUUACAAUAAAAUGUUGUAAUUAACUUAUAGCGGGAUCACAAUUUUUUCUAAAGGUAAAUAUUUUAAUAACAUUAAGUGGAUACAAAAUAUUUCAUGUAAAUACUUAAGGCGAUUCCGUGAAAUUAGAGUUAAAAAAACUACUGAAAUGCCCAUUGGCUAUUUCAAAUAGAAAGUCAAGUAUUGUAGUCCCAGUAAGAAAAUAGACCUCGGAAAUUGCCUCCACUACCGAACGUUUAUUAACUGCGCAUGCGCACAGAAAAAUGAGAGAACAUUUAGCACAUAAAAAUCCAGAGUGGGAGUAAAAACCGAGGACAUCCGAAGUCCAAUCUCAUGUUGGGGGAUGACAAUAUUAUCGUAGAUCGCCUUUUUUAAAACAAAUUUCUCUACGGUAUGAAUGUGAAUGUAGCAGAUAUGUGAUAAUUUAUAAAUUUUUAAUAAAUAAAUUAAAAUAAUAAAAUUAAAAAAAAUGCGUGUACUGAUUCUUCAAUUAUCUGAAUACGUAUUUUCUAAUUUUUAUUUUACUUACAUUUUUUUUUAUUUAUUUAAAAAUUUCCAAUUGUCUGCUACAUUCACACUCAUUCUACGAUACUGAAGUUAGCCAACGUCUAAUAUUUAUGAGAGUGAAUCCCAAGUGGCCAGCUCAGCUUUUUGUUGGCUUUUAGUUAUCUAUUCCAAGUCAACUUUUUGCUAUUUCUAAAUGUUAUCAAAAUGAUGUUUUCAACCACAAAAAAGGCGGUAAACGCUGUACAAGCCGCCAUUUCGGAUAUAUAUAUAUAUAUAUAAACGCUCGAGUGUGAUGUGAACAACAUAACCUAAUAUUAUUUUGUCUUUUAAUUACUGUGAAAUAAUUUAUAAUAUAAUUUAUAGCUAUUGAUUAACAAUACUCAACGGUUCAUAAAAGGUAAAAUUUUAUAUAUAAGUAUGGAAAAUUUUCGACAGCGGAUACGAAAACCGCUUGAUUUGCUUGGACCACGACAACUAAAACGACGUACGCAACAAAUACUUGCACUGGAAUAUUUGUUAUCUAACUUAAAUAAUAAUAAUAAUAAUAACACUAACAUUAAUAUUUACAACAAUAACAAUAACGACAACGACCAUGACGACGAUAACAGUAGCCGCGAUUCAGACGUUUCAGAUGAUCCUAGCCGUUUUUCAGGAGCUGUCGAUCAAGCUAAUGAUGAGCCUUUGCCAUUGAUUGAUGGGCUUAACUUUUUUGAUCAACCAGUAACCCGAUCAGAGUAUUAGUUACUUAAUUUCCAUGUGAACAAUCAAGUUGCUAGUGGUGAUAAUGAUUCGAUUCUUACUGAGUUCAUAAAAGAGUGGCAUGUUAAACAUAAAAUCACACGUGAAGCGACUGACGAACUUUUACGCAAACUUCAAUCAUAGUCUCAAGAACAAUGUUUCUAUGCAAAAUGAAUUUAAAGACAUGAUACGGAAAGCUGGUGGUCGCAAUGUACAAAAAGCCACUCGUUUUGCAUUGGAAUCAUUCAUUUCUGAUGAGUUGGCAAAACAAGUGACAUGGUCCGGAUUACACAGUGAGAUUAAAAUCUCAGCAUGUUUCUUCGUAGAAAUUAUUAGUGGUAAUAGAGCGAUAAAUAAUAUUGUAAGAUUAACUAUCCUGCUUAAAAAAUCCGAUAGAUUCUCAUAGCUGAAUUCAUGAGAAUCUAUUGGAUUCUAUGAGAUUUUUUAAGCAAGGUAUCUACUCUUCAAGUUCUAGCAAUAACUUGCUUUUUGAAGCCUUUGAUUGAUCUUUCUACUGUCAAAAAAUUUUAUUAAGCACUUUGAACGUUACAAAACCUGAUGUUGAACAUCAAAUGAAAGCCUGGUUUCAACGCGGUAGUGACCGAGCCAAUAAGAAUACCGAUCCUACAAAUGGUUCUGUCAAAAAGCAAAAAGUUGCCAAAUAAUUUGUAGUUACGAUCUUUAUAUUUACAAGUUGUUUUCAAAAAACUUUUUUUUAAUAGUAUAAAGAGUUUUCUGUUCUCUAAGCCUAAAUUAAUGAUCUCAAAACAUAAAAGUAAGCUUAUCAGAUAAAAAUAAAACUAUAAGUUAGUGUCACCAGUGCGCUAGUCACAACAACUAGUCUUGAUAUUAAGCUCACAAUUAUUAUUACUAUUAUUGUUAUUAAUAUAAAACCUAUGAAUGUUGUAAAGAAAUUGUUAAUAAAUUUAAGCAUUCCAAUUAUAAAAAA